AUGUAUAGAAUAAAUGAAAAUUUCAAUUCCACCAAUUUUAUUAAAAUUUGUUUCUUUACCCUUUUAAUUUGGAUAAUACAUUAUAACAAUAAUAUUAAUAACUGCAAUAGGUUAUUUGAUAAGAACUAUGAGUUAGAUGUAGAUCUAGAUUUAACAACUAAUCGACUCCUAGCUCAUCAUUCAGUGAAUGAAAUAUUACUAGAUAAAGAAGAUAUACAAGAAAAUGAAAAAGACACAUUAUUACAAAACAAAGAAUUAAAAGGAAGAGAAUUAAAUAGGAAUGCAUGGGAUAAAGUGGCUAAAAGUAAUAACUCUUCGUUAUUUAGUAGACUGGAUACUUUUUAUGAAAAAAAAAUAUUCAAUAUAUUAGACUCCUUGGACAAAUUAAGGAAUAACACGGAAAUUAAUCAUUGGGAUAAAUAUAGAGCGAUAAAUAGAAAGAAGAUAAAAUUAGCACUUAUUCCAGUCUCUUUAAUUUUAUUGGUAAUAUUAGUAUAUUCAAUAUUAAGUUCUAAAUUAAAAGAAAUAGCUACAACAAGUGAUAGCUCUGUUGUUGCAUUUAUUUCGUUAGGUUUAACAUUCGCAAUGUUCUUAUCUAUUAUAUAUGGUAUUAUAUAUAUCUAUAAAAAAAUUAAAAAAUAUGGAAAGAUAAAGAAAAAUAAUCGUAAAAAUUUGUAA